UUAAAACAAAGAUGGCGGUCUCAGCUGCUACGCUGUGGUCCACUUUAAUCCUACUUUGUUUAUUCUUGUUUACUGCCGUCUCUUCCAAUGAAAAUACAACAAGCUACAACUGGAAUACGACGUUUGGUGACCAGAACGUCACAUACAACGUUACCGACAGUUACACAACUACGCAGCCUACAGAGUUUGAGUCAACAACCGCAACACCGGGCUCCAGCAGCACAGAGGGGACCAGUCAGCCGAGCCUGCCCGCCGACCCGCUGCCUGUCUCCGGCCAACUGCUCACUCCUGUCACCAACGUCGACAGGUUGUGUCCCUGUGACGAGCACAAGGAUGUGUGUGACAUCAACUGCUGCUGUGACAGAGUGUGUAGUGAGGAGGUGGCUCUGUUCACCAGCUGCUCAGUGGACACUGUCAGUGGCCCAAAGCAGCUGUGCAGCCACGAUGUGGCGUCCUACUCUUUAAGGAACACAAUAGAUGGCUACUCAGAGAUACAGUCGUCUGUCCGGAAGGAGACUAAUUAUGACAUCUUCUGCAUUCACUCACAGAACCGUGUUGAUGGAUUUUCUCAUCCCUCUCCUGCUCUCCCAACUGACAGCAACUUUGACUCACUCUUCAAAGACUUUACCAGCUUUAUUUUUGGCUCAGAGGAGAACAGUGUUCAGGUUUCUGCUGCAGAGCUCCAAGCCUCGUCUGGAUACCAGUAUGGAGAUGUGAUGGUGACAGCAGGAGAGAGUGGACAGAUGGGGAUGUUCUUGAUGCCAGCUCCUGGUGUCACUGCUGACUGUAUGGACAACAGUCCUGCAGCGUUCCUGAAGGAUCAGAGCAGUAAGUGUUCCCGCCGUGUGGUCCUGCAGCAGGACUGCAGCACUCUGAGGGCCCUCAGCAUGGUCACCUACACAAACAUCCAGCUCUUUGCUGGGAGGAAUAAAGAUGCAGCUGUUGUUCCUGUGGAGCUGGCCUCAGUCAUCCUGCAGUCUGUAGAUGGGACUCAGACAGAGCUAAAGAUGAGUGAUGGAGAAAUCCUCAAUCCUGUUCUCCUGAAGCCAACCCUCUGUGCUAAUGUGGUGCUGAAGGUUGCCUAUGUGAUAAAGUACAACCCAGCCGGUGAGGUAGUGAAUGUGACGGUGUCCCUGGUGCUUGGAUUUGUCCGUGAAGCUGCGCUGUCCCCACAACAGGAGUUUCACAUCACAUUUGUCCAGGAGGAUAUGGAGGAGGUGAUCGUCCACUACAGUGGAAAUCCAGGUUAUGUCGUUGGACUACCUCUUGUGUCUGGAACAAAAACAACAGAAGGGAUUGCUCGAAGCAUCGACCCCAGAGACACACUGUCUCUUCUCCACAGUACAGAGGACCAGGACUGUCUGCAGGGACCACAUCGGCGCUCCCCUGUCCUGUUUGGUGUGGACUCUGUGUCUGGCUGCACAUUAAGACUGGAGGAUGCUGCCAACUGCUCCCUGGUCUUCCAGGUGCUUUUGGAUGUUCUGAGAGGACCAAACCAUGCUCUGUAUGUGGCUUCCUUUGGAAACUCGCCGUUAGACUAUCCACUGGACUGGGUAUCAAUCAAGAGCAACUUUAAUCCUGGGGACGCACAAAGUUGCAGCAUCCCGUUGUCACUUCAUUUAGAAAUUGAAUGGACCAAAUAUGGAUCCUCGGUGAACCCCCAAGCUCAGAUUGUGAGCAUCACAGAAGUCAUCCAAACCAACACCACCAGUUUGGACACUUUGUCUGGAGGCAGCAGCAUCUUGUCAAUCAGGAGCUCUGUGACCUUCAUACCAGUUUCUGCUGCCGCUCUUCCUGGUUACAGAGCCAUGCCCACCAUCGAUGCCAAACUGCCCUUUGACUUCUUCUUCCCUUUUGUCUGAACACUCCAUGUAGACUUAUCUUCCCUCUGUUUGUAUGAUCGUGUUCCUGUAAAUUGUGUAAAU